UUAUUGUUGUUGCUGUUGUUGUUAGUGGUGUUGGUGGUGGUAUUUUGAAUCCCAAGAUUACCAUUUUUUUCAAAACUUACACAAUUGUCUUUGUCAAUUGUUUAUGUGUGCAUCGUUGGUUUCUUUUUUUUCUUCUUUUUAAAAUAUUCAUCAAAUUUUUUUUUCUUUGUUUGUGUCAUCAUCAUCAUCAUCAUCAUCAUCAACAUCUCUCAUUAUAAAGUGUGUAACGGGUACUGACGAAGAUUGUCUCUGAGCUUCUUCUUUUUGUAAUUUUUUGUUCUCUCCACACUUUUUUUUAAUCUCAUUCACUGUGCUUAACGAAUAGAGAAACAAUAAAACAAAGAACAAAAUGCGUGAAUAUAAAGUAGUCGUAUUGGGUAGCGGUGGUGUCGGUAAAUCGGCAUUAACCGUACAAUUUGUAUCCGGUGCAUUUAUGGAAAAAUAUGAUCCAACAAUUGAAGAUUUUUAUCGUAAAGAAAUUGAAGUUGAUGGUAGUCCUUGUGUGCUGGAAAUAUUAGAUACAGCUGGUACCGAACAAUUUGCAUCAAUGCGUGAUCUAUAUAUAAAAAAUGGUCAAGGUUUUGUUGUUGUAUAUUCAAUAACGUGCCAUCAAACAUUUCAAGAUAUUAAAAAUAUGAAAGAACAAAUUGUUCGUGUAAAAGGUAGUGAUCGUGUACCGAUAUUAUUAGUUGGUAAUAAAGUCGAUAUUGAACAUCAACGUGAAGUAUCCAAACAGGAAGGUAUAACAUUAGCACAGAUAUGGAAUGCACCAUUUAUGGAAGCAUCAGCUAAAAGUCGUCAUAAUGUAAAUGAAGUAUUUGCUGAAAUUGUACGUGAAAUGAGCUAUAAUUCACAGAAAGAGAAACCAAAUUAUUGUUGUAAUGGCUGUACGAUUAUCUAAUAAUCAAAUUAUUCAAAAUCGAUAUGUGAACAAUAAAACAACUACUGAAGUUAAGAAAGAAGAAUCAGAAAAAAAAUAAAUGAUCAUCAUCAUUAACCAACAAAUUGAAUCCAUCCAUCCAUCUAUAAUUAAUCCAAUAACAACAAAAAAAAACAAAAAACCAAGGAAUUUGAAUCAAAACGAAAUCGGCCAUAAAAAAUUGCAUUAUCAUCAUCAUAAUGGCCAUGCAAAAAAAAACAGAAAAAAUUCUUUCUCAAUGUUUUUUUGAAUCUACCACCUUUAUAUAAUAUGAAAUUUGAAUCUAAAAUCGAUUGUUCCAUGUGACGUAAUAACAACAACAAACAAACAAACAACAGAAUGGCCUUAAUUUUGCUCUGCAAUUUCUUUCUUUCUCUCUCUUCUGUCUACCACAUUUAUGUACUCUCUUGUGAUAUAAUAAAUCUUGCUCUCUCUCUCACACACACACUUUUCACUGAUGUUUUUUUUUCAAUCCAUUCUUGGUCGUCCUCAUUUACACUCUUGUGUCUCUUUUUGAAAUACUUGAUUUCUUUUCAUUUUCAUUUUUUUUUCAUGUAUAAAAUACAAUAUUAAUAAUAAAAAAAAUAAUGUCUUGAUCCAAUUUCUUUUACAGUUUAUUUCUUUUUUGCUUGUUUGUUUAAAAAAAAAAAUUUUUGUCAUUCAUUCACACAUUCAUUCAUAUAUAUGAUUUGUAAAUCUACAUUUGUAAUAGAAAGACACUUGAACUUCAAAUAAGGCAAUCUAUAUUAUGAUGAUUACACACCUACUCCCACUACUACUACUACUAUUACAGCUACGAGAAUUUUUUUUUUGUACAAAAUGAAUUUUUUUUCCCACCUGUUAAAUGUUAUAUGGGUGUUAUUUUUGUGUAAUUGAAAUUUUAAUUCCUUCUGAAAAAUUCUGAAAAAAACAAAUUAAUUGACUGAAA